AUCAUUACGUGCUCCAUUGCAUCCUCUAACCGCAAGGGAAGAGUCACAUUUUCCCUUCCGUCCCUGUCAACCAAACCCUAACCUUCAUUCCUCCGACUACUUUCUCUGCGGCUUCCGUCACCUGUGCCGCCGGUACUUCUAUCGCCGGAGAAUUCGAAGAGAGAUCGAUGUUCCAGAUAUUUGAACCUUUGAGGAGCUCUUCACACUUUUUCUGGUUUCUUCCAAAACGUUACUCUCGAUUUCCAACCGUUUCGAGCUCCUGCAGAGCUAUUCUCUGUCCAAAGACGUAGAAGAUUAACAGGAUUUACAAGGCGUGGCCUAGUGGAGCCAGCACGGUCAUCCAAAAGGGAAGUCGAAAUGAAAGCAGGGUGAGUAUUCUCCCAUACAACCAGACUAGCAGGGGGAGUAUUCUUUUUUGAUUGAUAGAAUCACUUAAUAAUUGACUUUAAACUCUAUGCUUGUUCUGCUUCUAAGCCUGAUCUUUCCUUUUUGUUUUCUUCAUUCCCUUAAUUGUUUCAGAAGACAUUGCACUUGACACAACAAUCUCUCCUUCAGGAAGCUAUGGAUGAGGUCAAUGGAUAGUAAACGCCAUGGCAUAUUGGAUCAACAAGAUAUGGAUUCUUGUUGCGUGCGGCCAGAACAGUUCGGCAGGUUCGCAGGAAGACAUCAUAGGAUCUAUCGCGUCUUUCAACUUAAAAUUCACUACUUUGUAGACUGGAAUUGUGGGCGGGAGUCUCGCUUGCAUUCUUGUGAAUGCUAGCUACUCUGUUAUGGAAUCCUGGGACUAAUGGUGGCUGCCAAUGUCUGGUAACGGUAGAAAAUGCCUCAAACUGUUGGAAAAAUGUAAGAACAUCAAGCAGCUUAAGCAAACCCAUGCUCAGAUAAUCACAUCUGGUCUUGGGAACGACAACUUUGCCCUCAGUAGGAUUUUGGCCUUCUGCUCUGAUCCACAUCGUGGGAGCUUAAGCCAUGCUUGGCAGCUCUUUGAGCAAAUUGAACAACCUACUAUGUGCAUCUGCAACACUAUGAUCAAAGCUUUCCUACACAAUGGAGAUCUGAUUAAGACAAUAGAGAUGUAUAUUAAAAUGUUGCAAAAUGGGCUAUACCCUGAUAAUUAUACUCUUCCCUAUGUGUUGAAGGCUUGUGCAAACUUGCAAAACAGUCGAUUAGGGGAGCAAAUCCAUGGAAGCAGUGUGAAAUUGGGUUUUCUUUUAGACAUUUUUGUUGGGAAUACUUUGAUUCUUAUGUAUUCAAACUGUGGAAAAGUGGAGUCUGCAAGACGCAUAUUUGAUGAAAUGCCUUGGCAAGAUGCAGUGACAUGGACAGUUUUAAUUUCUGGGUAUGUGAAAUGGGGGGAUGUUGAUACUGCACGGCUUCUGUUUGAUGAAGCACUGAUUAAGGAUAAAGGGGUAUGGGGAUCUAUGAUUUCUGGGUAUGUGCAGAACAAUUGUUUCAAGGAGGGACUACAGAUGUUUCGGCUGAUGCAAUCUACAGACUUGGAGCCUGAUGAAGCCAUUUUUGCUAGUGUUCUUUGUGCCUGUGCUCAUUUAGGAGCUCUGGAUAUUGGGAUUUGGAUUCACAGAUAUGUGAAUCUAAUUGGCAUUCCAUUGGGUGUUCGUUUAAACACAGUCCUCAUAGAUAUGUACGCGAGAUGUGGAUAUUUAAGUUUAGCUAGGAAAUUGUUUGAUGGAAUGCAGCAAAAAGAUGUUAUUUGUUGGAAUGUCAUGAUUUCAGGAUUGGCAAUGCAGGGAGAUGGGGACUCUGCACUCAAAUUAUUCUCAGAGAUGGAGAGGGUUGGUUUGAGGCCCGAUGACAUCACCUUCCUUGCUGUUUUAACUGCUUGUAGUCAUUCAGGCAUGGUAUUUGAAGGCCUGCAGAUGUUUAAUAGCAUGAGUGAAGUGUAUGGCAUUGAACCCAAAAGUGAGCACUUGGGUUGUAUGGUCGAUUUUCUUGGCCGAGCUGGGCUGUUCAAAGAGGCUAAGGAAAUUGUUCAAAAAAUACCCAGUACAAGCAAUGCUUCUGAAAAGGCAAUUGCUUGGAGGGCAUUGUUGAAUGCAUGUUGUCAUCACAGAGAAACCCAAUUGGCUGAGCUUGCGGCGGAGCAACUUAUGCGGUUAGAACGUCACAGUGGGGCUUAUGUUCUACUCUCAAAUAUGUAUGCAGCUUCUGGGAAAUACGAAGAUGCCAAAAGAAUACGAAAGAAGAUGUAUACAAAGGGGGUGGAGAAAAUCCCAGGUUGCAGUUCAAUCGAGAUUAAUGGAUCGGUUCACGAGUUUAUUGCAGGUGAGAAGACACAUCUUCGUAUGGGGGAGAUACACGAGCUCUUGGAGAAGAUGAACAAGCAUCUUGAGGGUUGAGGGAGUAGAGAGUACAGGGCAAUUGUGCCAGAGGAGUGAGGAGGAAGGCACUGUAAGUUGAUACCGGGGUGUUGAACACUCACUACUCAGAUACUUUCAUUAUCAUAUUUUAGUAAUUAUUUGAAUGUAUGCAUGCUUUGUGCGACCCAUUUCUUCUGGAUAUCUAUUUCUUCAGAGGCAACUUUAAUGCUACCCUGUUUGCUUGUUGAAGAUUACUGAUUUGAAGUCUAAAUAUGUAGAAGUACAACAACAGCAACAACAACUACUCAGCCUUAAACGUGCAGAUGUACAUUUGAUAUUUGUAAUAUCUUAUACCUUUGCCAGUCCCUUGUAUUCAUCCGUUGUAAGUUGAUGUAAUGUUGGUGUUUGAUAUGGUUAUCCACAUAGUCGGAAUCCAAUCUAACAACCUUUGGCUAUUAACAAAUCACAAUUUUGGCA